AAAAGCCAGAAAGGCGGUCGCGGCCGCCGGAGAAGGACCUGCAGGACGACUACGAGUGGAGUGGCAGUCGGCAGCCUGGCCCGGCCGCACUCGGCUCCACUCACUUCGCCUGCGCCUUCGCCGCCCACAAGUGCACCGGCCAUGCUGGCGGCCAUGCUGGCGGCCAUGCAGGCGCAGAGGCUCCCGUUGGCGGCCCUGGCCCUCUGCGUGUUGCUGCCGCGGCCCGCCCAGGCCGCGGCCGCGAGCGCCGGCCUCCGCUUCCCCAAGGAGCAGCUCACGUCGACGGAGCCAUGCUUCCACCAGGGGCGCAACGCGACGGGCCAGUGCCGCAUGCUGACGACCUGCCCCAGCGCUCUGCGCGAGCUCAGGAACAACAUGUAUCCCCAGCUGUGCGGCUUCGUCGGCCGCCAGCCCAACGUGUGCUGCCCCGAGGAGGACGCCGACAACCGCGUCAUGGCGACGCCCCGACCGGGCGGCGUCGAGCCCGUCGAGCCCGUCACCUGCAAGCAGAGCCUGCAGCAACUGCAGCAGCAGAAGCAGCAGUGGGACUCCAACCGCCGGUACCGCCCCGGCGACAUCGCCAGGCAAAAGUGCCGCGAGUACGUGCAGUACGUGUGCCAGGAGGAGCCCUCGGCCGCCCUCAUGCUGGGCGGCACCGACGUCACGGACCGCUGCCACUACCGCGUCGAGCUCAUCUCCGGGGGCAAGCAGGUGGACCCCAUGGAGUUCCCGCACAUGGUGCUGCUCGGCUACGGCGCCAGGAAACAGAUCGACUACGCGUGCGGCGGCACCCUCAUCUCCCCCAACUUCGUCCUCACGGCGGCGCACUGCCAGAUCUCGCGGUCCAGCGGGCUGGCGGUGCGGUGGGCGUUGCUGGGGGCGCUGAACCGCACGGCCGCGCCCCACCCCAACGCCUCGCCGCAGCUCCUGGAGGUGGCGGAGAUCAUCACGCACCCCAACUACCGCAGCAGCCUGCGCUACCACGACAUCGCCCUGCUCCGGCUGCAGCGGCCGGCGGUCAUCAACGACUACGUGCGGCCUGCGUGCCUGCACACGGACUCCGACGGCGACCCCACGGGGCUGAACGCCAUCGCCACGGGCUGGGGCGCCACCGGACCCUCGGAGGACCAGAGCGAGCACCUGCUCAAGGUGAACCUCGCCGUGAUCCCCACGGACCACUGCCGCAGCGCCAUCAACGUGACGGCGGACAGCAAGCUGAGUCGCGGCAUCAUCGACUCGCAGCUCUGCGCCGGAGGAGCGUCGCCCAAAGACACCUGCCCGGGAGACUCUGGCGGCCCCCUGCAGGUCCCCACCAACGUGGACCCCUACUGCCAGUACAGGGUGGUCGGGCUGGUGUCCUUCGGCCCUCCCUGCGGCAUCGGCCUGCCCGGCGUCUACACCAGGGUGGCCACCUACGUGCAUUGGAUAGAGAGCGUGGUGUGGCCUCAAGAAGACUGAGAGCAGAAAACCAUCGAUUAAUUUAUUACUUAAUGUUUAAUGAUUGUUUUGAGUUGUCGAGCGUACGAGCAAGAACAAAUAGAGUGAAGAAAACGACUAUAUAGGUGGUUGUGCCACUUUUUGUGUUGAGGCGGCAAGAGAAGAACAACAUAGAAACAAACCCGAAGCAAACGAAGGAUGGCUUGUAUUACCGACAACAAAAAACAAAACAACGCAAUAAUAGUCUUCUUUUGAAAUCA